UUUUGCUCUUCAUCUAACAUAAGACCCGCGUUCCGUGAGGGAAAUUCAAAACAAAGUAUCAAUGAAUAAAAUCGUGACUUUCAAGUGGACGACGUGCGAAUCGCGCUUAUCGCACGGUAAAAGUACGCGUGAACCGACGUACGUGAAUUUAAGAUAUUUAGGUUCGGUCCAAACCUAUAUUAAGCAUAGAUUCGACGAAAUUCCUUUCGUCGUAGCUUUUACUUUUGAAGUGAUAUCGUCGGUGGUGCUGAGAAUUGCGACUUCGUGUGACAAGAAGGUAACUUAGGUUACAAAUGUCAAAUCGAGGUGAAUUGACGAACGAAGCGCAAGUAUGAGUAAUACAGAGAAAUCUGGAAGAUCCGAUGGCACGGUCACGGAUUCAUUUAUGACAAACGAGGACGAGUCCGAUGAAUUGUUCUCAGAUGAUGAACAGGGCGAAGAGAUCAAUUAUAAAUCUGAUGUCUCUUUGGAUGUCUCGAUUUUACGAUCUAAAACACCCUUAUUAUUGACUGACAAUUCAAACUCAGUGACACCAAGUGAGGCAGUAAUUCCAUCUACACCAUUGAGUCUAGUGCCUUUCCUUAAUAAAAUAAAUGAACAAUGGACUAGCGAUUUGGAAACACCACAAGCUGACAAGACAGCUCAGUUACAUACAAAACCAUCAACAAGUGUACCCAAAAAUACAGGGGAAACAUCUAAGCUUGAGCCACACACACCUGAUACCUCGUCUGCUAUAAGUAUAGAUAAUAAAAUUACUUCAGAUUCUCCUGUUAUAGUCCCUAGAGUGGUAAGAAAGCGUCUCAAGCGACGCUGUAUAUUUCAGUCUUCCAUAUCUACAGACAUGUUAGCUGAGACCAGUAAUGAAUAUACUACUGUAAGUAAGCAAGAAGCAGCAUCAAUUGCUGAGAGCGAUACUAUUCUUGUAGUACAAGGUAAUGCUACAAAUGUUCCUACAUCUAUUCCUCAUAACGAAAGUGCUCAUGAAGAUAAUAAGUCUCAGAGUCUUGAUAGAGUACAAGAAAUGUGUGAUAACAAGAAUAUCAGCCAGUUGAGAGAUUCUGUGCCUGAUGUUUUAGAUUUGGAUAAAGAGUUUUUUAACGAUACCUGUUUUAGUAUUGUAGACAAAUUAGUCUCUAGCAAUCUCGAUGAACAAACAACAGUCGAUACUACCAUACAAGGUAACGACAAACAAGGCAUUGCGAAUAUUCAUAGAAAAGGCUCGCAAACCUUGAAUUUAAAUUCAAACAGGGUUGAGGAGAAUGACAGUGUAGGUUUUGUUACUGCACGUGGCACUGCCAUUAAUGUUUCAAAGGAAGCAUUGCUUAAAGCGAAGACACUAUUAGCAGAUGAAAUGCGACUAGAGAAUCAUGAGUUACCCGGCAAGAAAAGCUCCACAGAACGGAACAGCAAGCAUCUAUCACUCUUCUCAGGAAUAUCACCAGAGCUACAAGCUGCUCGAAAGCAUUCGAAAAAUUAUGACGAAGUGCACGUUCAAGAUUAUAAACGGUUACUUGUAAACGAAGGUUCUGUCAGAAAAGACCACAUGCUUCCCUUUUCAUCUUCAACUGCUAGUGGUCACCGUAGCAAUGUCUCCGGACGAGCAUUACCCAGAGUGAAAUUAUCGUUCAUGAAAGAAUUAGAUGAACCCUUAGAAUCUAAAGUUGCGGGGGAAACCGUUCAUGACAAAGAAAAUAAACUGCAAGAAAUAAAUAAUCCAAACGUUGGAUUCCAAACCGCUCGCGGUGCACCUAUCAAUAUUUCAAAACAGGCGUUAUCCAGAGCAAAAUCAUUGUUCGCGAAAGAAUUAGACGAACCGUUAGAAAUUAACAUCACUGAGGAAGUUGAAGCGGUCACAGAACAAAAAGCGAAAGAAUUAGAUGAACCAUUAGAACUCAACGUUGCGGAGGAAGCUAAUGUUCCCAAUAGAGAAAUCCAAGUUCAAGAAGCAACCUCGAACUUUGGAUUCCAAACUGCUCGUGGCGCGCCCGUCAAUAUUUCAAAGCAGGCAUUAUCUAAAGCAAAACUGCGGUUUGCGAAAGAAUUAGACGUACCAUUAGAGCUUAACGACAUGGAAGAAGCUAAUGUUCAUAACAGAGAAAUCAAAGUUCAAGAAGCGGCAACUUCGAACAUUGGAUUCCAAACUGCUCGUGGCGCACCUAUCAAUAUUUCAGAGCAAGCAUUAUCUAAGGCGAAACUAUUGUUUGCGAAGGAAUUCGAACCCAACGUUGCAGAGGAAGUUAAUACUCGCGACAAAGAAGUCCGAGUGCAAGAAGCAACAACUUCGAAGGUCGGAUUCCAAACUGCUCGUGGUACACCUGUCAAUGUCUCAAAGCAGGCGUUGUCCGGAGCAAAAUUGCUGUUCGCGAAAGAAUUAGACGGGCCAUUAGGAUCCAACGUCGCGGAGAGAGCUAGUAUUAAUAACGAAGCGGUCAAAGGACAAGGCGUGAUCGUUCCGGACGUUGGAUUUCGAACCGCUCGUGGUGCGGCCAUCGGCAUCUCAGAGCAGGCGUUCUCCAAGGCGCAGGCAUUGUUCGCGGACCAAUUGGACUCUCCCGUGGAAUCGAAUCUCCCCGAGAAACGCAAGUUGAGCUCGGACGACAGCACACCUCUCGGCAGGGGCUUCGCGUCCGGCUGGAAGAAGAUGCGUCUCAACAACGAAUUCGAAGGCAGGAAAUUAUUCGCCGACACGGCCGACCAGACGGAGACCCCGUCGAAAGACCUCCGCGUCGCGUGCGGAAUGUCGGCGGACGACGAUCCGGAGGAUGGAAGAACCGAGGCGUCGCGCGUCGCGGAAUUUCCAAACGAGAUCGUUGAAGCGAACCACGCGGCACGCCCGGAUGAGAGAAGCCAGAUUCCGGAGGUUUCCACCGCGGACUUCUCUCUGCGCUCGCCGCAGCGGAACACCUCGGAGUUACCCGAGUCGGACGCGAUGUGCAGCCCCGUGAUAGGGAGACAGCCUGUCUCGAGGAAGCGCUGGAGUCUGGAGCGUCACAGAAGGAAGCACGGCACGAGCCAAACCGCUCCGGGUAACGCGGCACCUCGUCGUGAGAAGACCGACGAGGAGGAGUCGUCGCUCGCGGAGUCGCAGAGGGUGACGGAACGGCAGAAGACGGAGAGCGAGUCUACGGAGUACGGCGACACGCAGAUGAUGAUGGACUUCAUCGACGAAUCGGCGCAGAUCCUGCAGGAUCGUCUGGCGGCCGCGUUGGAGCAGGAGGAGACCAUCACCGGGAAGAGGCGGCGCAAGUCGAAGCAGUCGACGGGGUACCUCUACCGCCACAAGCAGGCCAACUCCGGGGCUCGAGUGUCGCUGAGAGAUCUCGGCGCGCCGCCUUCGCCGCGCAGCUACCAGGAACUCAUCGACCAGCGGAUACCGCCGAACAUCUUGCCGAUCACCGCCUCUACCGCCGCGUCCUACAAGUUCCGCUGCUCGGACUUCUACGGCAACGACGUGGCGCGCAGUAACGUCCGCGGGAUCGAGCUGGAGGACGGCGCGCGCCUCGUCAUGGACGAGAACGGCUACGUGGGAGUCUGGGAGUUCCUGCGUGCCUUCCUCGCGAGCCCGGGCGUCGAGCCGAACCUUGUCCCCGCGCGGUGGAUCGAGAAUCAUUACCGGUGGAUCGUGUGGAAACUGGCGUCGAUGGAUAGAAUGAAGUUCGGCUCGGCCGAGUUACCCAGAGCGUUAACACCCUCGCACGUGAUGGCGCAAUUGAAGUAUCGUUACGACCGAGAAAUAGAUCGAUCCCAGCGACCGGCCAUACGACGUAUCCUGGAGAAGGAUGACGUCGCGUCCAAGAGGAUGAUUCUAUGCGUGUCGUCGAUCGUGGAGAAUAACACCGUAGCUACUCCCGCUAUGGAGAUGGGCAAGAGUCCGCGCAUAGGGGUGCCCAAGUGGAGAAUCGAGUUGACCGAUGGCUGGUACAGUAUACCCGCCUGCAUCGACAUCGGCAUGGCGAAGAACGUGUCGACCGGCAAGAUGCGAGAGGGCACGAAGUUGCUGGUGUGCGGCGCGGAAUUGCUCAACUGCAACGUGGCUUGUUACCCGUUGGAGGCACCGGCCGACGUGUGUCUCAAGUUGCACACGAACUCGACGAGACGCGCGCGAUGGUACUCGAAAUUGGGAUACACGCCGCGCUCGGGACCGAUACCCGUGAGACUGCACGACGUGUGUCCGACUGGCGGUUUCAUCGGCAAAUUGACCAUCGUCGUCGCCAGGAUGUAUCCGAUGUUGUAUCACGAGAAAACCGCGUCCGGAGAGUCCGUUGUCAGAAACGCCAAGGGCGAGGAGAAAGCGCAGAUCGAGUACGAGCAGCGGUGUCGGCAGAAGGCGGAGGCGUUCUACGACAAAGCCGAGAAGGAUUUCCAGGAGGAGGAUCUCUCCUGCGAGACGGAUCUGUUGACGGCCGGAUCGGGCAAAGAUCGCGAGAGCGAUACGCAGGAAUUCGCCGGCAAGAAACAACAGGACGAGCUGCUGCGGGCGCUGCGCGUGAAGAAGGAGCGCUACAAGCAAGAGCUGCAGUCGAAGCUGCGGGAAAGCCUGCCGGCGCCGCGGCAGGUCUCGUCGUUGCUCAAGGUUCGCGUGUGCGACGGGAACGCGAACGCCAUCCUCUCCGUCUGGUCGCCCGGCGAAGAGGUCAUCGACGCCCUCAAGGAAGGCGCGUGCGUCUCUCUGCGCAACGUCGUCGCCGCUGGGAAAAGGGGAUGCGAGCUGCAACUCACCGCGCGUCGCUGCGCGCUCUUCGAUCCCGGCACGAUGCGCGACCCGUCCUACCCGGCCCGGGUGUGCGCUUCGUUUCACGAGGUGGGCAAUCCCGAGUUCUCGCCGCCUUACGGGGAAUUCGACACGGUCGGUCUCGUCUGCGCCGUCGGUACCGCUCCUUACGGUAUGAAGGACUUCGAAGUCGUGCACUUGGCAUACCCGAAGGCCGACUCGAGCCGCUCCUCCUUGUACCUCUCGAUCCUGUUUUGGCAAGGGAUCGCCAGUUACGGAUACGCGGAUAUCCUCACCGUCGGCUGCAUCGUAGCGUGCAAUAAUCUAGAGUGGCGUAGGGUGACCUCGUGGAACGUUCCGGCGGUAUAUUGCACCGACAAGAGCACCUUCACACGCAAUCCACGGCGGAAUCAUCUGUACGAGUCCUUCGAGACUCUGCGUAGCUCGAUCGCGGAUCCGAUCGCGUACGCCGAAGGAUGCACCGCUGAGCUCAACGUGGAAUUGCAGAGGAAGCCGGUGGCCACGAGAACGCCGACGCGCUGCGCGCUGGACAAAAAUACCCCGAUUAAAAUAUACAAUUCCGCCCCGGGCGCCAAGAAAAGACCGGUCGAGCACACGCCGCCGCUGUCGGCGCCGAGGUCGACCGCCAACAACAGUUGGAAUCUCACCACAAAUAUUCCCUUGAUACAGAAGCGACUGGACAAGCUCCAAUACUACGGCGAGCCGCCCGAAUUAUCUCCGAUCGUCAUACGGUCCUCCAAGAGGGUCUCCUUGGAUUUCCAAUCGCCCGUUCGCGUCUCAGACGCGAGCCCGACGACGGACGUGUCGAACGUCAGCAAGUCGUCCAGCAGUUUGUGUCUCUCGCUGGAGAAGCGGUGACAUAAUCGUUCGUUCGCUCGCUCGUCCAUUGCAGUUCUCAUCGCUUGUACCUUAAGAAUGUAAAUUUGUCGAUAACCGCUUAAAUCUCGUUGAUAAUAAACUAUUUUUUUUUUUACUCAUUCGUCUCCUGGAUUUCUCUCUCUCCGAGAUCUACGAGGCCAAAAAUCCCGACGUCAGCGAAAUCUAUUUAUUUAGAAAUAAAUUAACGUAAAACAUAUUUAGGAGAAAAGAAAGAUACUUCGUUUCGCUACGGAAAAGUG